AUGUUUUUCGACAAAGACAGAAUCGUAAAAUUGAUGCAAUCCAACCAAAUAGCUUCCCCUUUAUCCUUCAAAAUGGAUUCUCCUAGAAUAUAUUCAAAAACACCGAAUUCCUAAUCAACAUUGAAUUGUGAUCUAACAUCAAGAGGCAAACUUAAAUUGAAUUUUUUAGCAGAAUUGUCUGACAAUCGAUCCUUGACAAAUCGUUACAUGCUAAAUACCAAAAAUAAGCCAAAAUAACAAAAAUAAUUAUUUAGUAAGGAGAAUAAGUUUGUUGAGUCAUCACUAAAAAAAAGUUAAUUGUAUCCAUCAACUGAUUCGUUGCUUCAAAAUAUAAACAUACAAUCUCCUGCCUCUACUUUUAGUGAAGAGUUCAUGAAAAUCAAUUCAAAAUUCAAUUCAGUUAAAAAUAUAGAUAAUGUUGAUCAACGUCUAUAGAGAAAGUAGAGCAAUUCUGUAAUUUAAUUAGUGAAUAAGAAUGGAUCUUAAAUUGAAGGAUACUAAAAUAACUCUGUGAUGAGAUCAACUGAAAAAAUAAGAUAAUAAUUUGAUGAAAUCGCACUUUUGGAUUUGAAAAGUUAGAAUAUUUAUUUGUAAUAAGAAAAUGCCUCUCUUAAAUCUUAAUUGUAAUCAGUGCAAGACAAUAUGAAACAUCAAAAUAAAGUAAUUGAAAAUAAUUUAUAUUCUAAGAUUAAAGAUAGAUUUAACAUCUAAUUAAAGGAGAAGAACGAGAAAUCAGCAUCCACCAUUGAGAAACUAAAUUCAUAAUUAGAUUUUGAAGGAUCUAUUUAAGAUGAUCUCAGAAAAAAGAUGAAUGAAAAACAACAAGAACUUAGUAAAUAUAACUUAAUCGAAUAGGAAAUAAAGAAAAUAGAGGAUUCACAUUUAGAAACUUUAAGUAAAAUCAGCAAAGAACUCAAAGAAUAACAAGUCUCACUUAAAAUUCUUAAUCAUCAUAUUAGUUGUUUAUCCUAGAUAUCUAUACUAUUAUCAGAGAAGGAGGAAAUUCCAAUUGAGAUUUUAUUUAAAUAUAAGUAAAUCCCUUAGAUUCCUCAAUUUAUGUUGAAUUCAGAAAUAAUUGAAAAUAUCUUAAAGUCGAAUUCAAAAAUGAUAAAAGAAUUAUAUGAUUUAAUAGGAAAAUCCUUUGAAAAAAUAUCCUACAACUUUGUUUAAGAAUUUUCAUAAAUCUUAUAUAAGUAAUGA